ACUCUUAAAGAUCCUACUCUAGCGGCGAGGAAAGAUUUCCAGCGCGAGGCCGAGCUGCUGACCAACCUGCAGCACGAACACAUCGUCAAGUUUUACGGAGUGUGUGUGGACGGAGACCCGCUCAUCAUGGUGUUUGAGUACAUGAAGCACGGAGACCUGAACAAGUUCCUCAGAGCCCACGGGCCGGACGCCAUGAUCCUGGUGGACGGGCAGCCUCUGCAGACAAACGGCGAGCUGGGUUUGUCUCAGAUGCUGCACAUCGCCAGUCAGAUUGCAGCAGGGAUGAUCUACCUGGCCUCUCAGCACUUUGUGCACCGAGAUCUGGCCACCAGGAACUGUCUGGUCGAUGGGCUGCUGGUGAAGAUCGGAGACUUUGGGAUGUCCAGAGACAUUUACAGCACGGAUUACUACAGGGUUGGGGGUCACACCAUGCUGCCUAUCCGUUGGAUGCCUCCUGAGAGCAUCAUGUACAGAAAGUUCACCACAGAGAGCGACGUGUGGAGCUUCGGUGUCAUCCUGUGGGAGAUCUUCACAUACGGAAAGCAGCCGUGGUUCCAGCUUGCCAACAACGAGGUGAUCGAGUGUAUCACUCAGGGCCGGGUCCUGGAGCGUCCCCGUCUGUGUCCUAAAGAAGUCUACGACAUGAUGCUCGGCUGCUGGCAGAGAGAGCCUCAACAACGCCUCAACAUCAAAGACAUCCAGAAGCUGCUGCUCACUCUGAUGAAGGCCACACCUGUGUACCUGGACAUCCUGGGAUAGAGACAGACCUGAUGAAGGCCACACCUGUGUACCUGGACAUCCUGGGAUAGAGACAUACCUGAUGAAGGUCACACCUGUGUACCUGGACAUCCUGGGAUAGAGACAGACCUGAUGAAGGUCACACCUGUGUACCUGGACAUCAUGGGAUAGAGACAGACCUGAUGAAGGUCACACCUGUGUACCUGGACAUCCUGGGAUAGAGACAUACCUGAUGAAGGUCACACCUGUGUACCUGGACAUCCUGGGAUAGAGACAGACCUGAUGAAGGUCACACCUGUGUACCUGGACAUCAUGGGAUAGAGACAGACCUGAUGAAGGUCACACCUGUGUACCUGGACAUCGAUCCAAAGAAGAUAAUUAUUCUGCAGGGAAAAUCUGGCCUGGACUCAAACACACCUGGAUAACAAUUAUUGUAGUCUGCUUCAUCCUGCCUGAAAUAAUGAGUUUAAGGAUGGACAAGAUUAGCUUGUAUCUCAGGGUAAUAAAGUGACCUGAAGCUGAGUACGCUCUGGACUUGUGUGGUCCAAUCACAUCAACUCCUGACUGAACAGUGAAGUAUUGAGUUACACUGGACUGAACUGGAUUCACCUGGUUAUACUGGUCUGGUCUGACGUGGUACCAACAUGUCCUCACCUGUUCAUCUUCAUUUCAGCCUGAGAGCAGGUUCACUGUCCUGUCCCAGUCUGGCCAGGUCACCUGGUCUCUAGGCUCAAUAUUGCAUCAUUACAUUAAGCGUCAUAUGUUUACAUCCUGGUCUCUGAGUUUAGAUUUGAACAUUCAUUCCCUUGACGUCUCUUAACCCUCAAAUGUUUUAUCAUGGUCCCUCUGUAAAUCAGGUCUGGGUUAGUUCAGGUUCUGAUCCUCACCUGUCCUCUGCAGUCCUGGUUAUUACUCAUAUUCAUGUUCAGGAACUUUCUGCAUGUAGUUCUGUAGACUUCUAUAGAAAGCUUUAAAGGUGGAUGUUUGUCUAUCACUGAAACUGUCUGCACAUAUUGACUCAAUGUGUUCACACUGACUUCUUACAGUGCUGAACACAUGAAUAGACAUUUUCCUGAUGGAAUUUGAUUAUGCUGUUCGAUAUGAAGCUUUGAAUAUUUGUCUUUAUUUCAUGUCUGUCUCACCGUUCACUUCACUGUUGUUUCAUCAUAUGUGAUUGAAACUGAAGGAGGCUUUUAGUCAGCAGCUCAGCUAGCACCCCCCAAAGUCAAACUGAAGAACGCUGAAGAAACAGAGACCAUGAUGCAGCUUUAUUACUGCAUCUGUUUGGGAAUCUGUCUCUCAGUUAAACUUCUGUAGAAGAAGAACAGGGAACGAGGAUUCAGAGACUCAGCUUCUGUUCCCAGCCUGAUAUUCUCUCAGAGUCUCCUCCACUGUUUAAAUGUUUAAACUAUUUAAUGAGCUUCUUUUAGGUUCAAACACUUUCUGCUUCUGAUGCAUUUUCAUUCUAGACUUCUUUGGAUCUUUGACUAGUGAUUAUUCAAGAAAGCUUUGUUGGGAUUACUGACUCCAGCUGACUCUGGCUGUGUCUGUUCUAGUUAAGGAGUCUUCUUACAGUACUUAAGGAGUCUUCUUACAGUAUUUAAGGAGUCUUCUUACAGUACUUAAGGAGUCUUCUUACAGUACUUAAGGAGUCUUCUUACAGUAUUUAAGGAGUCUUCUUACAGUACUUAAGGAGUCUUCUUACAGUAUUUAAGGAGUCUUCUUACAGUACUUAAGGAGUCUUCUUACAGUAUUUAAGGAGUAUUCUUACAGUACUUAAGGAGUCUUCUUUCAGUACUUAAGGAGUCUUCUUACAGUACUUAAUGAGUCUUCUUACAGUACUUAAGGAGUCUUCUUACAGUAUUUAAGGAGUAUUCUUACAGUACUUAAGGAGUCUUCUUACAGUAUUUAAGGAGUCUUCUUACAGUACUUAAGGAGUAUUCUUACAGUAUUUAAGGAGUCUUCUUACAGUACUUAAGGAGUAUUCUUACAGUACUUAAGGAGUCUUCUUACAGUAUUUAAGGAGUCUUCUUACAGUAUUUAAGGAGUCUUCUUACAGUACUUAAGGAGUAUUCUUACAGUACUUAAGGAGUAUUCUUACAGUAUUUAAGGAGUCUUCUCACAGUACUUAAGGAGUAUUCUUACAGUAUUUAAGGAGUCUUCUCACAGUACUUAAGGAGUAUUCUUACAGUACUUAAGGAGUAUUCUUACAGUAUUUAAUGAGUCUUCUCACAGUACUUAAGGAGUAUUCUUACAGUAUUUAAGGAGUAUUCUUACAGUACUUAAGGAGUAUUCUUACAGUAUUUAAGGAGUCUUCUCACAGUACUUAAGGAGUAUUCUUACAGUAUUUAAGGAGUAUUCUUACAGUAUUUAAUGAGUCUUCUCACAGUACUUAAGGAGUAUUCUUACAGUAUUUAAUGAGUCUUCUCACAGUACUUAAGGAGUCUUCUUACAGUACUUAAGGAGUAUUCUUACAGUAUUUAAGGAGUCUUCUUACAGUACUUAAGGAGUAUUCUUACAGUACUUAAGGAGUCUUCUCACAGUACUUAAGGAGUAUUCUUACAGUACUUAAGGAGUAUUCUUACAGUAUUUAAUGAGUCUUCUCACAGUACUUAAGGAGUAUUCUUACAGUAUUUAAGGAGUAUUCUUACAGUACUUAAGGAGUAUUCUUACAGUAUUUAAGGAGUCUUCUCACAGUACUUAAGGAGUAUUCUUACAGUAUUUAAGGAGUAUUCUUACAGUAUUUAAUGAGUCUUCUCACAGUACUUAAGGAGUAUUCUUACAGUAUUUAAUGAGUCUUCUCACAGUACUUAAGGAGUCUUCUUACAGUACUUAAGGAGUAUUCUUACAGUAUUUAAGGAGUCUUCUCACAGUACUUAAGGAGUCUUCUUACAGUACUUAAGGAGUAUUCUUACAGUAUUUAAGGAGUCUUCUUACAGUACUUAAGGAGUAUUCUUACAGUACUUAAGGAGUAUUCUUACAGUAUUUAAGGAGUGUUUCUGCUGUUCUCUCUGGCCAUGAGCAGAAUGAUCCUGAUCCAAAGUUUACAGAGCGAGGCCUUUAUGCUGAUAGUGUUUGUUUAGAGACGUCACAAACAGAAACGUCCUUCUGUCGUGUCGUGCUUGUCAGCUUUCAUCCCUUCAUCAAACAUUUCUCAUCCAUACACCUUCAUCAACUCACCUGCUGCUUCUGGACCAGAUCGUCCAUCCAGAGACCGUCUAUGGCCACAGAGACCAACCCAAGUGCCUCCUUUUUCUAGAUAGCACUUUGACCUUUAGCUGCUGAUAUAUCUUCAUGCUAGCUGGACUCAGCCUUUUCUCAGCUCUGUGGUAACGGCAAAAAAAGAACAAAAACAGGAAUAAAACACUUUUGUACUCUUUUCAGCUCGAUGAGAUCUUCAAACAACCCGAGCUCAAGUUUGAGUUUUUUUUAGAAAAAUACAUGAUCUAUAUAUUUUCUAUUUAUGUUUGUUUGAACAAAGAGAGUAUCUCUGCCACGCUCCCAAACAUCUGAACAAUAAACCAACUUGUGUGGACGUACAUGAUCGUGAUCAGGUGUCAGAUAAACGAUCAAAUCAAAACAUGUGAUAUUAAACCCUUCCGAGCGACCAGCUGUACAUUCUGUAAAUCUAAACCUCUCUUACUUCCUGCUUUAGUUUCCUGAUAAACGCUUCAGACAAUUGAAUAAAGUUUGAUUACCCGUCUUUACUUUAGUCAGUGUUUUUUAUUAAUUAUUAAGAGUUUGGGGCAGAGGCUUAAAAUGAGAGAUAGA